AUCUAUAUUCUUCCGUGUUAUCAAGUCAAAGUGAACGCUGUAUUAAACUACAAUAGAAUAAUUCACAAACACCGGCCAGUUCUUAUUGGCUUUAAACCCAAGCAAGGAAGUAUAGAGAUAAAAAUGGAUCAUGGUGAUGAAGAGGAUGCAAAGGAGUAUCGCUGGGAGACCGGCUAUGAGAAAACAUGGGAGGCUAUUAAGGAAGACGAUGAUGGCCUGUUGGAUGGUGCCAUUGCGGAUAUUAUUCAAAAGGCCAAGAGGAAGAGGCAGGCCCAAAAGACAAUGCAAAAUAAAUUGGGCAUGAUGAGACAUUUGUACUUGAUGUUGGAUUGCUCUGAAUCAAUGACAGUGCCAGAUUUAAAACCCACAAGACUUUUAUGUACCCUAAAGCUUUUGGAAAGAUUUAUUGAUGAGUUUUUCGAUCAGAAUCCUAUAAGCCAAAUGGGGCUAAUCGUUUUGAAGGGUAAACGUGCGGAAAAGAUUACUGAGUUAACUGGAACGGCCAAAUUGCAUCUUAAAGCCUUGGAAGGGUUGCAGAAAAUUAAUCUUACUGGAGAGCCUUCGUUGCAAAAUGGUUUGGAUUUGGCAUUGAAGACUCUAAAAGUUGUACCUUCGCAUGCUUCCAGGGAAGUUUUAAUAAUAAUGGGUUCACUUACCACAUGUGAUCCGGUAGACAUCAAUAUAACGAUUGAUGCUCUUAAGCAAGAGAGUAUACGUUGUUCGGUUAUUUCGCUAUCAGCAGAAAUACAUGUCUGCCGAUAUUUGACACAACAGACUGGUGGUUCAUAUGGAGCUGUUUUGGAUGAUUCACACUAUCGGGAUCAACUUCUUUCGCAUGUAGAUCCGCCGCCAGCAGCUCAAACACAAGAAAAUUCCUUAAUAAAAAUGGGCUUUCCGCAUGCACGUCAGGAUGAGGGCAAAGAAAAGGAUCCACCUUUGUCAAUGUGUAUGUGUCACAUUGAAAAUGCCGAUGAGCCCAGCAAAAUUUCUUCUGGAGGCUUCCAUUGCCCUCAGUGCGUGAGCAAAUAUUGCGAAUUGCCUGUGGAAUGUCAGACUUGUGGUUUGACCUUAGUUUCGGCACCACAUUUAGCCCGUUCCUAUCAUCACUUGUUCCCGGUGCAGAAUUUUACAGAACUUGUUUAUAAUGGUCAGGCGGCGAUAUGCUAUGCUUGCCAAAAACCACUUACGGAAGCCGCUGACAAGAAUGUUUACCGCUGUGAGGCAUGCUCUCAGAUAUACUGUUUGGAUUGUGAUAUAUUUAUACAUGAGACAUUGCACACCUGUGUUGGCUGUGUAACAAUACCCGGUGCAGCUGCACAAGUUCAUGCUCGAAAACCGCAACCACCGCCUAUGGGAAUGAUGUUGGGUUCAUCGCUGGGUCAACGUUUUUAGUCUUAGUUAUAGAAUGGGGAAAUUUUAUUAAUUCAUUUAAUAGCUUCAAUUAUCCAGGAAAAUGCGAGAUUCCGAUUUUGAUAAUAAAGACAACAUAAAAAUGUGA